AUGUCGAACAACAGCAAAGCUAACUUUUUCAAAGGUGCGGCUACGAGAAGUAAGCUAGCCUCAAAGACCAGCCCAACACGUGAACGCACCUCCGCGUCGCCGACAGCGGCAUAUGACAGCGACCGUACACCUGGAGAAUAUGACGAGAAAACGGUGUUGGAGGAAAUACGGAAUAUGAGUGCUACUCUUCAAAUGGUUGCAACGGAUGUUGUCUCAAUUAAGGAGACAACGAAAGAGCUUAAAGAUGCGGUGCAGAGCAUACAAGUGAGACUAGGAGAGGCAGAACAACGGAUAUCUGACGUGGAAGACGUAAACACACGAAUGGAGAAAAGUAUGGAGAAAUGUGGCAAGAGACUGGAAACACUGUGGACGCGCGUGGAGGACCUGGAAAAUCGCAGCAGGAGAAAUAAUGUAAGAGUGGUGGGACUAAAAGAGGGCAAGGAGGAGACGGGCAAAGUUAUUCAGUAUGUGGAAAAGAUCAUCUCUCAGGGGCUCGGGCUGUCCGGCAGCGAGUUUGAAAUUGAACGUGCCCACCGCUCUUUGGCGCCCAUACCGGACCCGGACCAACCGCCCAGGACCAUACUGAUGCGCUUUCUACGUUCAUCGGCCCGAGACAAGGUGCUGCAGGUGGCUAAGGAGAGACGGGGGAUCGACUGGGAGGACUGUAAGCUGUCCUUCUUUGAGGAUGUAUCCAGAGAACUGGCGGAGAAAAGAAAAGCAUUCACUCCGGUGAAGAGACGUCUGCAUGCGCUAAACGUGAGACACAGGCUGGUCUACCCGGCGACACUCAUCUUCACAUGGAAAGGGCAGAAGAAAACUUUUCGAGACAGCAAUGAAGCGGAGGAGUUUGUGCAAGGUGCUGAAUAG